AUGGCACGUCAAAGAGGUCUUUCAAAUGCCUCUUCCACUUCCUCGGUCCCAGACCAGGAACUGGGGAGCAUGUACGAUUACCUCGCCAAAGUCAUCCUCCUAGGACCAAGCGGUGCUGGAAAGUCUUGUGUACUACACCGCUUCGUGAAAGAUGAAUGGCGAGUAUUAUCCUCCCAGACCAUUGGUGUAGAAUUCGCCUCGCGUAUCGUGAAACUCGGCACGGGGUCACGUCGGAGACGCAUUAAACUCCAACUCUGGGAUACAGCAGGCACAGAACGCUUUCGAUCCGUUUCAAGAUCAUACUAUCGUGGCGCAGCAGGUGCAAUCCUCAUCUACGAUGUCGCUUCCUAUGCUUCCUUCACCUCCCUCCCGACUUUCCUCAUGGACGCCCGCGCCCUCGCUUCCCCGAACUUGUCCAUCAUCCUGGCCGGGAAUAAAGCUGACCUGACCUUCGACGCUCAGUCCGAUUUCGAAGAUAACUCCCGCCCGCCUCCGACCCCGUCCAGUACUUCCAGCAGACAGUCGUCUAUCCCCUGGGAUGUGAAUGGGUCGAUUCGCUCGACCAGCAUGAUGGGGACGGGAACUAGGUUGACUGCUACUCGUGCCUCGGAAGGUAGAGAGGUUAGCUCCGAAGAGACAUCCAACUGGGCUGCUAAGUCGAAUAUACCCGUCGCUGUGGAGAUCUCGGCUCUGACGGGGGAUGGUGUGGAGGAAGUGUUUAAUCGGCUGGCGCGUAUUAUCUUGACCAAGAUCGAGCUCGGUGAGAUCGACCCCGAUGACCCGCAGAGUGGGAUCCAGUAUGGGGAUGGAGGUAUAUAUGGCGGCAGUGAUGCUUCGAGUAUCAGAAGUCGGGCAACGUUGGACGAUAAUUCCGUGCCCCUCCAGCGCAGGACUCGUCGAAGAGGCAAAGCUCCUGGCACGGGACAUAAUUGGAAGAGUGGGAUGAGGGAAUGGGAGGAUGUCUUCCGCUUGGGCUCUGGAAGUCACCCAAAUCAAGGGUGUUGUUAG